AUGGAAAAUCUAGAUUUUGUUUUAGAUUAUUUACUUCUAAGUAGAAUUUCUUUACUUCAAUGUCUUCUUUUCAGUCAUAUAUUAAAUCUUCUGUCAACAUUAAAUUUAGAAAGUGUCAGCUGUUGUUGUAACUCUCUUCCACCACCCACGCAUUCUGUUUUGAAGAGACGUUUCGUAUCAAGUAGAACACCAAACUUUCCUCAGUGUAGGAGGGUUCAGAAUAUAUUUUUCCUCGGUUCUAGAGCUCGUAUCAUUUAUAAUGUAAUGAUGACGUAUAACGAAGAACUGAAAGUGGUUGGUUGGAUGUGCUAA